AAGGGCAGCAUGUAGCGAGAGACUAGGGUAGGGACGCAGCAGAGAAGAAACAAGGAAAGGAGAGCAAAUCCAAACGGGAGUAAGAUGAGCGCGGAAGGCAGCAGUAACUUCAGACGGAUGGCAUUUCGGCGGAAGUCCAACCAGUCCUGCCUCCUGGCCGGGACUCCCCGCCCCUGGAGCCCCCCUAGUGCCCAGUCAAGGCAGCCUGACUCGGUUGCCUGCGAAAACGUGCCCGAGGACGCAACAGCCAGCAGUUCCUGUCCAAGGAUCAUUAUAGUUUCAUCACCUUGCCCAUCCAGCAAGACAGACAUACCAGUUAAUCAGAAUGUAUGUGAUGAGGCUCAGGGAAUAAAUGGAAAAGCACCAAUCAAAGUGUUCCCAUAUUCAGCUGCAAGUCCAAAGCCACAAGUGCCUCCAAAACCAUUACAUCUGCAGAACUCACCUUCAUCCAAUAAAUACCAGACACCCAAGCAUAAAUCUAUACCUAGUAUAAAACCAAGGAUGGAGGAAGUUAAGCCUGCCCCUGCUUCUUUUAUCUCAAAAGAAAAACCCAGUAAGGUAUCAGAUCUCAUCAGUCACUUUGAAGGAGGCAGCACAUCAUCCAUUUCUACUGAUUUGAAGAAAGAACCUUCUGUUAGUCAAACUGUUUCUAGAGCUCAAGGAAGACAUGGGUUGACAACAGCCCUUCAGCCCAAACUCCUAUCUCAACAUCCACUACAGAAACUGGAAACCGAUGCAGACCAAACUCAGGAUGUACAGAAACACACAGCCAAUGGUGUGAUUGGAGCACAAAAACAGAUGGAAUGUGAAGACAAUAAAUUCCCCACUGUCAGACCCGAUGCUGCUAAUCAGACUUUGGAACCAGCAUCCUCUUUACCCAAAACAAAUAUCCGCAGAGAAAGUACUGUAAAUAGUUGUUGCAGGACUUCAAGUAGGAACCCCUUGCUUUUGUUGGAAGAAGAACAUAUAGAAAUGAAAGCCACUCUGGAAGAGAAAAAAGAUGAAGAAAUCUCACUUGAACUUGAGAAGCAGAAUCAAUCCAUAGAAACCAAGGAGACAGAUGAGCAGAAACUUCACAAAAUUGCCACUGAACUCUUGCUUACAGAAAGAGCCUAUGUUAAUCGACUUGACCUUUUAGACAAGGUAUUUUAUUGCAAACUAUUGGAAGAAGCUAAUCGAGGCUCAUUUCCAGCAGAGAUGGUGAACAAGAUAUUUUCUAAUAUUUCAUCAAUAAAUGCAUUCCACAGUAAAUUCCUUUUGCCUGAGCUGGAGAAACGAAUGCAGGAAUGGGAAACAACUCCUAGAAUUGGAGACAUCCUACAGAAGUUGGCUCCUUUCCUCAAAAUGUAUGGAGAAUAUGUGAAAGGCUUUGAUAAUGCAAUGGAAUUAGUUAAAACCAUGACUGAACGCAUAGCUCAAUUUAAAUCGGUGAUUGAAGAAAUUCAGAAACAAAAGAUCUGUGGGAAUUUAACACUGCAGCAUCACAUGCUAGAGCCUGUGCAGCGAAUACCUCGAUAUGAGAUGCUCCUUAAAGACUAUCUAAGGAAAUUGCCUCCUGAUUCCUUAGACUGGAAUGAUGCUAAAAAAUCGCUAGAAAUUAUCUCUACUGCAGCAAGUCAUUCCAAUAGUGCAAUACGGAAAAUGGAGAAUCUUAAAAAGCUGUUAGAGGUUUAUGAGAUGUUGGGAGAAGAGGAAGACAUUGUUAAUCCCUCAAAUGAGCUCAUACGUGAAGGACAAAUCCUUAAGCUUGCUGCUCGAAACACAUCAGCUCAAGAACGUUAUCUUUUCCUUUUUAACAACAUGUUGCUGUACUGUGUACCAAAAUUCAGCUUGGUGGGAUCUAAAUACUCAGUUCGAACUAGAGUUGGUAUUGAUGGGAUGAAAAUUGUAGAAACACACAAUGAAGAAUAUCCACACACAUUUCAGGUUUCUGGAAAAGAACGAACACUGGAAUUACAGGCCAGUUCUGAGCAAGACAAAGAGGAAUGGAUCAAGGCACUUCAAAACACUAUUGAAGCUUUCCAUCAAAGGCAUGAAACUUUUAGAAAUGCUAUAGCAAAAGAUAAUGAUAUGCACUUGGAGGUUUCCACUGCUGAACUUGGGAAAAGGGCCCCAAGAUGGAUUCGAGACAAUGAAGUAACAAUGUGUAUGAAAUGCAAAGAAUCUUUUAAUGCACUGACAAGGAGGAGACAUCAUUGCCGAGCAUGUGGACAUGUGGUCUGUUGGAAAUGUUCUGACUAUAAAGCUCAACUUGAAUAUGAUGGUGGUAAAUGGAGCAAGGUUUGUAAAGACUGCUAUCAAAUAAUAACUGGAUGCACAGACAGUGAAGAAAAGAAAAGGAGGGGAAUCUUAGAGAUUGAAUCAGCAGAGGUUUCUGGAAAUAGUGUAAUAUGCAGCUUUCUUCAGUAUAUGGAAAAGUCCAAGCCCUGGCAAAAAGCUUGGUGUGUGAUCCCUAAACAAGAAGCUCUUGUACUCUACAUGUAUGGUGCCCCACAGGAUGUCAGAGCUCAAGCAACCAUUCCACUCCUAGGAUACACAGUGGAUGACACACCAGGGAGUGCUGAUCCUCCUCACAGUUUCAAACUGACCCAGUCUAAGUCUGUGCACAGCUUUUCUGCAGAUAGUGAGGAACUGAAACAGAAAUGGUUGAAAAUCAUCCACUUAGCUGUCAAAGGUGAGACGCCAGAGUAUCCAAAUGAACUACAAGUGACAGUAAAUGAUCAUCCUGGACUAAAAAGAAAGCCAGAGUGCUGAGUUACAGUUGUCCUAUUGUUGUGGGUGUAAGGGGAAGGUGGGGUGAAGCUAUGCGAUGAAGCAAAUGAAGGAAAAAAAACCCCAGAAAAUAAGACAUUCCCA